GAAGCUCUGGAGGAAUAUGUGAAAAAAGUAAACUCUAUUCAGAUGGUAAGAAGAAGUCCUUAAACACUGGUAUUAUUACUGUUCAGAACUAUGGAUCUCAUGUACCUCCCAAAGUCUCUCACAUUACUUUUGCUCAUGAAGUUGGACAUAACUUUGGAUCUCCUCAUGAUUCGGGAACAGAGUGCACACCAGGAGAAUCUAAGAAUUUAGGACAAAAAGAAAAUGGCAAUUACAUUAUGUAUGCAAGAGCAACAUCUGGGGACAAACUUAACAACAAUAAAUUCUCACUCUGUAGCAUUAGAAAUAUAAGCCAAGUUCUUGAGAAGAAGAGAAAUAACUGUUUUGUUGAAUCUGGCCAACCUAUAUGUGGAAAUGGAAUGGUAGAACAAGGUGAAGAAUGUGAUUGUGGGUAUAGUGACCAGUGUAAAGAUGAUUGCUGCUUUGAUGCAAACCAGCCAGAGGGGAAAAAAUGCAAAUUGAAACCUGGAAAACAAUGCAGUCCAAGUCAAGGUCCCUGUUGUACAGCACAGUGUGCAUUCAAGUCAAAGUCUGAGAAGUGUCGGGAUGAUUCAGACUGUGCAAGAGAAGGAGUAUGUAAUGGUUUCACAGCUCUCUGUCCAGCAUCUGACCCUAAACCAAACUUCACAGACUGUAAUAGACAUACACAAGUGUGCAUUAAUGGGCAAUGUGCAGGUUCUAUCUGUGAGAAAUAUAGCUUGGAAGAAUGUACCUGUGCCAGUUCUGAUGGUAAAGAUGACAAGGAAUUGUGCCAUGUCUGCUGUAUGAAGAAAAUGGAUCCAUCAACUUGUGCCAGUACAGGGUCUGCACAGUGGAGCAAGCAUUUUAAUGGUCGAACCAUCACCCUGCAACCUGGCUCCCCUUGCAAUGAUUUUAGAGGCUACUGUGAUGUUUUCAUGCGGUGCAGAUUAGUAGAUGCUGAUGGUCCUCUAGCUAGGCUUAAAAAAGCAAUUUUUAGUCCAGAGCUCUAUGAAAAUAUUGCUGAAUGGAUUGUGGCUCAUUGGUGGGCAGUAUUACUUAUGGGAAUUGCCCUGAUCAUGUUAAUGGCUGGAUUUAUUAAGAUAUGCAGUGUUCAUACUCCAAGUAGUAAUCCAAAGUUGCCUCCUCCUAAACCACUUCCAGGCACUUUAAAGAGGAGGAGACCUCCACAGCCCAUUCAGCAACCCCAGCGUCAGAGGCCCCGGGAGAGUUAUCAAAUGGGACACAUGAGACGUUAACUGCAGCUUUUGCCUUGGUUCUUCCUAGUGCCUACAAUGGGAAAACACUCCAAAGAGAAACCUAUUAAGUCAUCUCCAAACUAAACCCUUACAAAUAACAGUUGAAGAUAAAAUGGCAAGAGAUCAUGUCCUCAGACCAGGUGGAAUUACUUAAAUUUUAAAGCCUGAAAAUUCCAGUGGGGGAUGGGGGGGUGGAAAAGGAACCCAGUUUUCUUACGAACAGAUAUUUUUAACCUAAUGGCACAAAGUCUUAGAAUAUUAUUGUGUGCCCCGUGUUCCCUGUUCUUCGUUGCUGCAUUUUUCUUCACUUGCAGGCAAACUUGGCUCUCGAUAAACUUUUAUCACAAAUUGAAAUAUAUAUAUAUUUUUCAACUGCCAAUCAAGGCUAGGAGGCUUGACCACCUCAACAUUGGAGACAUCACUUGCCAAUGUACAUACCUUGUUAUAUGCAGACAUGUAUUUCUUACGUACACUGUACUUCUCUGUGCAAUUGUAAACAGAAAUUGCAAUAUGGAUGUUUCUUUGUAUUAUAAAAUUUUUCCGCUCUAAAUGAAAAUUACUGUUUAAUUGACAUACUCAGGAUAACAGAGAAUGGUGGUAUUCAGUGGUCCAAGAUUAUGUAAUGCUUUAUGCAGGCAGUUUUGAAAUGAGAAUCACUUUACCUUUUUCUUAUGAUGGAUUUGGUUCUGAUAUUCAUUUUUUCUUUAUCAAAUGGCUGCUAUGAGCAUGAGUGAUUAUGCUGAAGAACACAGUUAAGUGUUGUGCAAACUGGACAUAAGCAGCAUACUGCUUCAGAGUUACUUCUUUAUGUAAAUGUCUGAUUUCUGCUUACAUAUUUUAAACUUUCUAAUUCAAUUCCAUUUUUGAAUUGGUAGGUGAAAUUUUAUUCAUGCUUUGGUAGAAAUUAUGUCAGUGAAAUUCUUUUUAUUUGUAGCCAACUUAUUUGUGUUUUCAAUAUAUCUAAGGUAUGCUAAUUAUGUUUUUUUUUCUGAUAUGGAAAAGAAAAGCUGUGUCUAAUCAAAAUAUUUGAACAGUUUUUUCAGCAUAUCAUCACUGAUCAUUGGUAACCACUAAAGAUGAGUAAUUUGCUCAUCUAGUAGUUGAAAUUGUAGAUAGGCCUUCUAACAAUUUUUUUCCUAAAUUAUUUUAACAAUAAUGAAGGUGAAACAGCACAAUGUCCCAUUCCAAAUUUAUUUUUUACACAAAUGUAAAUAAUUGGCAUUUUAGAGGAAGCAAAAGCAAAAGCAUUUAGUGUAUUAAUAGGCUUAUUGCUAUGCAGGAAAUGAAAGGGGGCAUUACAAAACAAAAAUUAAGCUUGUGACAUAUUUAUUGCUUCUGUUUUCCAACUACAUCACUUAAAUUAGAAGUAAACAGCUGUGAUUUUCCUGACUUCACAUAGGAGGCAAAUUUCGGGAAGGCUAACAAGAUUUUUGUGUUUUGGCUUUUUUUCCUUCUUUCUUAAGAGUAUAAGGUUUACACAAUCAUUCUCAUAAUGUGACGCAAGCCAGCAAGGCCAAAAAUGCUAGAGAAAAUAAUGGGAUUUCUUCCUUGUAAACUUGUACAGUAAGUGGUGACUUUUUUCAAAAUACAGCUUUUUGUACAUGAUUUAGAGACAAAUUUUGUACAUGAAACACCAGAUAGACUAUAAAUAAUUCUAAAAAAACAAGUAGGUAGGUAUAUACGUAAUUGCUUUUAAAUCAUUUAAAUGCUUCUUUUUUGGACUGUGCAAAGGUUGGAAGUGGGUUUGCAUUUCUAAAAUGGUGACUUUUAUUCUGCAAGAGUUCUUAGUAACUUCUUGAGUGUGGUAGACUUUGGAACAUGUAAAUUUUUUGCUUGUAAUGUUAUCCUGUGGUAGGGUUUUGGCAGAUCCACACUGCCCUAUUUUACUUUGAGUCUAAGUUAAAUGUUUUCUGAAGAGAUAUGUGCACUGAACUCUUUCCACUGCAAAUCAAGAUGUGGUAAAACAAAAGGAUCAAGACAAAUGAGAUCUAAUACUACUGUCAGUUUAAUGUCCACUGUGUUUUAUACAGUAUCUUUUUUGUUCACUUUGGAAAUUUUUACUAAAAAUUGCAAAAAAUAAAGUAUUGUGCAAAGAUGUAAGGUUUUUUGAAACUUGAAAUGCAUUAAUAAAUAGACUUGAUGAAAUCAA